AUGGGCUACUCCUCUCAUUCCUCCUUCUCAUCUUCGCCAGUCCUUCUGGCCACGCUGGGAGCGGUGGUGAUAUGGAUUCUCCACCGUAUGGUACGACAAUGGCAACGACAACGACAAUAUAAAUUCCCGCCCGUGGUGCCCGGACUACCUGUCUUUGGCAACUCGUUUCAAAUGCCCCUGACUCAAGUCGAACAAGCACCGUGGGCACAAGGCCUGGCGAGAAAGUAUGGUGAAAUGUUCACCCUCCGACUCGGCACGUCAAAAUUCGUCUUCCUCAACUCGUCGCGCGUGGUGACGGAGCUCAUGGAGAAGCGAGCGGCCAAGUACUCGUCCCGGAACCCGAUGCCGUUCGUCCAGGACCUCAUGUCCGGCGGCAAACGCAUCGUGCUCAUGGGGUACACGGACCAGUGGCGCGACGUGCGCAAGGUCAUGCACAGCAUCCUCAACUCGCGCCAGAUGACGCAGUUCGCAGAGUACCAGGACCUCGAGAGUAAGCAGCUGCUGUGGGACUACCUUGGCCGCCCGGACCUGUGGUACCGAGCGAACCAGCGGUACGCGAACGCGGUGAUUCUGAGUGUCGUGUUCGGGCGGAGGUUGCUCCUCGACGACGAGAAUUUGGAGCCGUUGCUCAAGCAGGCCGAGGAGAUGGUGAAGCAUUUGCAGCCCGGGAGCACUUUGGUCGACACGUUCCCCGCUCUGAGUAAGUUGCCGACGUGGAUGCAGUGGUGGCGGGCAAAGGGGUUGAGGUUGUAUGAGGAGUCGAAGAGGGUAUAUGGAAAAGAAGUCGACAGAGUGCGAAGCAGGAUGGCCAAGGGCGACGCCAGGCCUUGUUUCGCCAUUGACUUUCUCAAGGAGACGGAAAAGACCACCAUGGACGAGGACCAGAAACUGUUCGCGCUGGGAAGUCUGGUCGAGGCGGGAAGCGACACUUCGCGCAUGACCAUGAGUCAAUUGAUCGCCGCGGCCGUCCUGCAACCAGACUGGGUCGAGAGAGCACGCGAACAACUCGACAGUGUAUGUGGAGAAGCACAGCGACUCCCACGUUUCGAGGAUAAACCUAGCUUGCCCUUCAUCACGGCCGCGGUCAAGGAGGGAUUCCGAUGGUAUCCGUUCGGACCGAUCGGCGUGCCACAUAUGAUGAGCCAGGACGACGAGUUCGAAGGCUACAAAUUGCCCGCGGGUACGAUGGUGACCUGGAACAUGCACCAUUUGUCGCGAAGUCCGGAUGAGUAUGAAGAUCCAGAGAGAUUCUGGCCGGAAAGGUUCAUGAACGAGGAUCUAAAUAAUCCCUUGAAAGGUCAUUGGGCCUUUGGUGCAGGUGAACGAGUAUGUCCAGGGUACAAUGUUGCCGAGACAAACCUUUGGAUGUUCUUGUCACGAAUGUUGUACUGUUUCAAUUUCGAGCCUGUACAGGGGAGUGAGAUCGAGCUGGAAAAGGUGGUCUGGCCGGCCAUUGAUUAUGCUCCGUUCGCUGUCAAGAUCGUCCCACGCAGUCCUGCACAUCGGGCUUUGAUUGAGAAAGAGUGUUCACAGGUAUCGGAGAUAGUAUACUAG